AGUCCUGUAGCGUAAUGAACUUGUGUUAGCACCGUGAAAGAACACCUGCUCUGUUACAGGUACACUUGUCCGUAAUUACAAUGUUAUGACUCUCGAUGUAAGCUAGCUAGCUGUCAGACUAACGUUGCCACUUAGCUCUAACCGUCUUUGCUGUCGCGGUACCGUUAGCUCAACGUCUUUACCAUGUGGGUUUUCGGUUACGGGUCUCUGAUAUGGAAAGUGGACUUUCCCUAUGAAGAAAAGAGAAUUGGCUACAUAAAAGGCUUCAGUCGUCGGUUUUGGCAGGGCAGUACCGACCACCGGGGAGUACCGGGUAAGCCUGGCCGGGUCGUGACACUUGUGGAGGAUCCCGAGGGGUGCGUUUGGGGCAUUGCCUAUAAGCUGCCGAAGGGCCGGGAGCAGGAAGUGAAAAGCUACCUCGACUACCGAGAAAAAGGUGGUUAUCAGGUCAUCACGGUGACCUUUCACCCCCGUCCACCUCUCACUCCCCCUCCCAACCAGACGCUGCUCUAUAUCGGUUCUCAGGACAAUCCAGACUACCUCGGCCCCGCCCCUCUGGAGGAGAUAGCCAACCAGAUCAUCAGCUCUACCGGUCCAAGUGGGCAAAACACAGAGUACCUCUUUCAGCUCGCUGAUGCUGUGAGGACAAUUCUGCCUGAGGAUUCAGACGCCCACCUGUUUUCUCUAGAAACUUUAGUGAGAGAAAGACUACAAAGUGGGCAGAAACACUCAAACACUCAAACAGGUUGAUUGCAAUUAAAUAAUUAAAUAAUAAGUCUUGAUCAAUGAUAGAUACCAGGCUGGAUUUGGCAAAUAAUCUCAGGGUUUAAGAUACACAUGGAGCCAAUCAGGAUGUUUGUGGGGUUCAGAGAAUAUGUCGACAAAGUCUGUUUUCAUCCUUGUUAUUGUUACACUGCAAAGAAAUUUCACCAUUUCAUCCCAUGCCAACACAUGACAAUGCAAAUAAUAAGCUUCAAAAUAGGACAAAUGUCAAAUACAUAAAGGUACUGUAACUGGCAUCCAAGCUACAUGUUGAGUGAUCACAAACACGUUGAAUUAACCUCUAGGUUUACUCAUUGUACAAUAUCCAGCAGCACAAAAGAGGAAUGUCUUGAAUGAAUAUGUAGUAUAUACUGAAUAUAUGUGAACUCACAGAUACAGUUGGUCUGUUUAAUGCAUUUUAAAACAUAAAAACAUCAUGUGAAGUAUGUGUGCACUGCUAUCCCAAGUGGCAUGAAAUGUAAAAGUUCCAGUAGGUGUAUUUUGUUACUCUAGAGCAGUUUUGUCACAGUUAAAGCCACUGAAAGCUUGGUUUCAAAUAUUUAUUAUUACUGUAUAACAUUAAAUAUUCAUGACAAAAUAAGCAACAGCGCAGAAAACAUCUUUAUGAGAGUUUAACACUCACAAACUCAGCUAAUCUGCUUCAUAAGGGCUGUGUGGGCGUGGCUUGGUCAGAUAUGCUGGUAACAUGAGCAAACAACCCCACAACUGUUAUCACAUUUUGAUUCAUGUGUUGCUAAACUCUGAUUGGCGCACGAAAGUAUGCCACACCACCUCUUUCCGACUGAGCCACGUCCACUUCCAACUAAGUGAGAAGAGCUCAGAGAAAAAUAACACAGACAGAAGUGUCCUAUAAAGGGCGCCCCGGUGACUCACUUGGUAGAAAGCUUAUGAGCCCCGGGUUUGAAUCCAGCUGAGGCCUUUUGCUGCAGUGGCUAGUGGUCUUGAUUACAUGAUUAACGUGAUAAUCCAGCUGUAGUAAAUACCCGCCAUCUCUCUUCCUGAUACAAAAAGCAAAUUUCAGGGAAGGUUUCAUCAUCAAACCACUGUAAUCAUGUUGUCAAGUUCUCAAGUGAACCUUGUUUAUUCCAGACUGUACUUACCUUGUCUCAGUAUAUAUGGACCUAUUGGUGUUACAGCGUCAGCUAUUAGCUGCUUCUCAUUCUGCCAGCAAACGUGUCAGCACAGCGAACAUAUCAGCAUCUCAGCACAGUGAACACAUCAAAGUCAAGUCAUUGAAAAAAAAUCAACAUGCCGAA